CUGUAAAAGGAGGUUUUCCUAAAGAGUUUAAUUAAAUGUGUUGCAGGACUGGUAUGAAUUAAUAGAGGUUUCAGGACUGGCUUGAUAAACUGAUGAAAGUGAUGUUUCUUGUUGGUUGCAAUACUCCGUAGACUAACUUUGUGAUUCUGGUUUUCAGUUGGAUCAACCAGGUAAUCUGUCCUUAAACAAACAAACAAACCAAGUAUGAACCCUGUUACAUCAAAGCAGUAUGCAGUUUCAACUUAAUCACUGAUGAUGUAAGCCUGCUAAUGGUGUUAAUCGACACAAAUCCGUUGUUCUGGAGCUCAACUGCUGCCCCUUUAUCGUUCUCCAAGUUCCUAUCUCAAGUUAUUUGAUAUAAAAGUUAGAUUAUUUUGGGAUUCAAAGUGGCGAUGGCGGUUACCCGAUGGUUACAGCGCCGACCAAUGAUGGGAUGCGGUAGCUUAAUCGGCUCAUGGUUCCUGAUUGAAGGAGAAACCGAGAUUCUCAACAAAGUGGAAGAUGGAAAUGAUCAAACUCUUAUUGACAUCGAUUCUAAGCACAAUGAUCCUCGGAUGUGCAGCUUAUAUGCUGCUGAAUUUACACUCUAGAUGUCCAUUUUUAAUGCUCUAGAUGUCACUGUAUGUGACUGAUAGCAGCACUAUUAUAAUAUGGAGCAUCAAACCCCAACAAGAACUCAAAGCCUAAAUUCGGAUUUCAUCAGCACCCUUCCCCAAAACAUUAUUAAAGAUAUUCUAACUCGUAUGCCACUCCGAAGUACACUGGGUGAGAACGAGUGUUUUGUCAAAGAGAUGGCGGUAUACUUGGCGGGACAGUUGAACAAGUAUAAGCUUGUCAGUGCCAUCUUCCGUUAUCUAUUAUUACACAAUGGUCCGACAAUAGUAGAGUUCGACUGCUCGUUUGUUCAUCUUCAUAUGGAGUCUGAGUUUGCCCAAAUAAUAAGUUAUCUUGCAAGGGGAAGUACAGUGAAACAACUCUUUAUUUUUAGUGAUAAUAGAUCUUUCAAGUUACCGGUUUUGUUCUUUUCAUUGCAAGGAUUAGAGGUUGUACAUCUCCAUAAUUGUACUUUGGAACCACCAUUGACGUUUAACGGGGUUAGUUUGUUGACGAGCAUGACUUUUCGGAAUGUUGAGGUUUCUGCUCAAAUGCUUCAACGUUUCAUUUCCAAGUGCACGCUGCUCCAGUCUUUCUUUUUGAUAGAACUAGAAAAAGGCAUUGAGUCUAUACCAGGAGGAAACAAUUUUACAUUAGUUGAUCUUUCACAAUAUGUUCCUUUGCUUGAGACUUUUGCUAUCACAAAGCAUUAUAUGAAGGUUCAAACAACAAUGGAAAGAAAGACUUGUUAAAGAACAUGGUGAAGUUACAAAGCAAACUAAAGACUAUUGGGAGUUGCAAACUAGAUAUUUUUCAAGAAUUUCAUUAUUGAUAAUAUAAUACUAGAUCUUUAUUAGUUUACCUAUCUUUGAUCCAAUAACCUUCUCUUUGGUUGUAAACACAGAUAGAAUUGGUUAGUUUACCUUUCUAUGAUUCAAUAAGCUCCUCUUUUUACUUUU